AUGUCUGAGGGCAAGCCUUUUUCUGACUGGGGCGUGGCCGAGUGGGACGCCAUUGGCAGGGUGUGGUCCAACAGUCAAUGGAGAAUUUCCGACACGCACUUAGUCUAUGUCAAAAGACAGGUGACGAGAGUGGUCAAGGUAAUGCAUACCUGGAUAUGGGUAGAGUGCACAGGUCUCAUGCCAAGUACGAGGACGCAAUGAAUAACUACCAACACGCACUUAGUCUAUUUCAAAAGACAGGUGACGAGAGUGGUCAAGCUAAGGCAUACCUGGGUAUGGGUUUUGUGCACAUCUCACAGGGCAAGUACGAGGACGCAAUGAAUAACUACCAACUCGCACUUAGUCUAUUUCAAAAGACAGGUGACGAGAGUUGUCAAGCUAAUGCAUACCUCGGUAUGGGUGUUGUGUACAGUUCUCAGGGCAAGUACGAGGACGCAAUGAAUAACUACCAACACGCACUUAGUCUAUUUCAAAAGACAGGUGACGAGAGUGGUCAAGCUAAUGCAUACCUGGGUAUGGGUGAUAUGCACAUGUCUCAGGACAAGUACGAGGACUCAAUGAAUAACUACCAACUCGCACUUAGUCUAUUUCAAACGACAGGUGACGAGAGUGGUCAAGCUAAUGCAUACCUGGGUAUGGGUGAUAUGCACAUGUCUCAGGGAAAGUACGAGGACGCAAUGAAUAGCUACCAACACGGACUUAGUCUAUUUCAAAAGACAGGUGACGAGAGUGGUCAAGCUAAUGCAUACCGGGGUAUGGGUAAUGUGCACAUGUUUCAGGCCAAGUACGAGGACGCAAUGAAUAACUACCAACACGCACUUAGUCUAUUUCUAAAGACAGGUGACGUGAGUGGUCAAGCUUAUGCAUAUUAUGGUAUUGGUAAUGUGUACAGGUUUCAGGGCAAGUACGAGGACGCAAUGAAUAACUACCAACACGCACUUAGUCUAUUUCAAAAGACAGGUGACGAGAGUGGUCAAGCUAAUGCAUACCGGGGUAUGGGUAAUGUGCACAUGUUUCAGGCCAAGUACGAGGACGCAAUGAAUAACUACCAACGCGCACUUAGUCUAUUGCAAAAGAGAGGUGACGAGAGUGGUCUAAUUAAAAAUACAUACCUCUGUAUGGGUAAUGUGUACAGGUUUCAGGGCAAGUACGAGGACGCAUUGAAUAUCUACCAACACGCACUUAGUCUAUUUCAAAAGGCAGGUGACGAGAGUGGUCAAGCUAAUGCAUACCUGGGUAUGGGUAAUGUGCACAGGUCUCAGAGCAAGGACGAGGACGCAUUGAAUAACUACCAACACGCACUUAGUCUAUUUCAAAAGGCAGGUGACCAGGAGGGUCAAGUUAACACAUACCGCGCUAUGGCGAAUAUUUUCGGAGUAAUUUGUAAAUACGAGGAGGAGAAGAAAUGCAUUCGUCAAGCAAUCAGUAUUGCUGCAACGUCAGAGAACGUGCAGCCCAACCUAGAGGAGCGUGGAAGACUAUACACGAAAAGUGGAGACUUCAACGAGGCGAACAAGUGUUACGAAAAGCAGCUUGAUUUAUGUUUAAUGAAUGGCGACGUAGUUGGGCAAGCACAUACACAUGUUAUGAUGGGUACACUGCACAUGUCUCAACGUAACUACGAUAAGGCUAUGGAGUGUUACCAACAAGCGCGAGAUAAGUACGAGAAGAGUGGUAGCACGUAUAGCCAAAAUAUGCAAGCAAUAUUGUAUUUGAGGAUGGCUGAAGUGCAUUUUAUUCGUCUUAACUACAAGGAGGCACUUGAGUACUUCCUGCUUGCAGAAUAUUAUUCUCCAAAAACUAGCACUCGCUUACUUUCUAAUAUAUACCAGGGUAUCGGCAAGUUGUAUGUCUGUAUGGGCCAGUUUGAAGAUGCGGAAUCGUAUCUUUUUAAAAGCUUGAUUUUUUACGAGCAAAUCUUCACUAAUCUUGGAAAGCUAGAAGACGCAAAAACUAAUAUCGUAGAUACCUAUAUUGAGGCAUAUCACUGGCUAGUCUUUGUGUCAGUUAAACUCGGGAAAAAGAGCCAAGCCGUGUUGGUGUCAGAGCAAGGAAGAUCGCGCGUCCUUAGUGAAAACCUUCAAACCAAAUAUGGACUUCAAGGAGAUGCAACAAAGAACUCAUUAGGCCAAGAAGUAUGUUUGUUAGUCAGUGGAACCUCGCCCUCGUUUGUUGUUGUAUCAUUGAGUGAUAAAUACCUUCACUUAUUCACUCUCUCAUCUCUAACUCCGUUAGUUGUACAUCCCGCAGCAAUGCAAAUGACAGAUAAAGCGGAACAAUGGCUAUCUCUUCUCAAAUACCUGAUCAACAGAGUUAUAUGUGAUGCAAAUCUGCACGUCCGUCAAAAUCGCGAUGAUACCUUCGAAGACAGAUCGCUGGACCUGGACUAUGAUGACGAGUCUGAACAACAACACGUGCUGACAGAACUCGCAAGGGUAACACUAGGGUCCAAGGGCUCAGAGAAGACGAAUGAAAUCGGAGGCGAAUCAAGCGGAAACAGAAAAGACAAGAGUGGUCUCACGUCUCCUUUACCACAUACCACAGGAAAACCGAAGGCGAGUGACGAGGGUACUAGCGGUAAAGUACCACAGGAGCACGAAGAAAACGUCUGUUCGCCACCCCCAAUAGGCAGUGCCGAGACACAGAGAGGGUCCGGUCUACUAAAAGAGCUGUACCGGAUACUGAUUGAACCAAUUGAGAAGGAACUCACCCAAGUUGAAGUCGUGUUUGUUCCUGAAGGAGUUACGUUCAUGGUCCCAUUCGGCGCUCUGCAGUCGCCAGACGGGAGAUUCCUCGCUGAGAAAAAGGCAAUUCGUUUCGGCCCAUCACUCACUACUCUUAAGUUACUGAGAGAAUGUCCUGAAGACAAGCACUUCAAACGUGGUGUACUUGUCGUUGCGAAUCCAAGAUCAAACGCAAACGUAUUUACACGCAGGAAUGGAGCCGACGUGGUGAAGUCUUUUCACAAGAGGUUUGCAAAUCUCCCUGCAGCAAGUAAGGAAGCUAUCAAGAUCAGAGAAAUACUUCCCGACGUGACAUGUUUGAUCGAGUACCAAGCGACCAAGAAUGCGGUGAUGCAGAGUCUCAAGAAAGGCGUCGGUGUUAUACACAUCGCUUCGCACGGUGACUCACAGACGGGUGAAAUAUUAGUCGCACCAGAACCACGCAUGGAUAAGCAUGAUAUCGCCGAAAAAGAGGAAUACCUCCUGACGAUGAAGGAAAUCAGCUCGUGUCAGAUCAACGCAAGUCUGGUCGUGCUCAGCUGCUGUCAUAGCGGCAGAGGCCAGAUCAGAGCCGAGGGCGUGAUGGGUCUGGCGCGAGCGUUCCUCGCUGCAGGAGCUCGCUCCGUGCUCGCAACGCUGUGGACUAUUGGCGACAAUGCCACACUGGAGUUCAUGGAGCGCUUUUAUCGUCACCUGGCCAGCGGAUUGUCCACUAGUGCCAGUCUCAAGCGGACAAUCCGGGACACCAUCUCAAUGAAUGAUAAAUACAGCCACCCCUAUUACUGGGGCGCGUUUGUUCUCGUCGGUGAUGACGUCACUAUACGGUAGAGACGUAGAAGGGAAGUUUCAAGAAACUCUGGAACCCUGCAACACAGGGAACUCGGAGGAGUAAGCUCAGCUUGACUUGUUUUCAUAUUUGUAUGACAGUUAUAUCUCAUGUGUAUUCAUUUUUUUACUAUUUAUCUCUAGGGUCUUUUUUGAAAAGGUGCCCUCCAGAGUAAGGCGCUAAUUCGUUAUUUGGUUAUUUGAAGCAGAGCAAUCAAGUCAAUAACUUUUGAUUGAUUUUGAUUCGCAAGUCGUAGCUUAUCUAUAAAACAAUCUAGUUGAGUGUAACCAAGUUAACAAAAUACAACAAAAAGGUUGUGAACAGGCGCGUACCCAGGAUUGGCUGAGGAGGGGUGCGCAGUCAUAGGAAUCAUUUAGAAAAAGCAUAGUAUUCGAAGAUUACUUAAUAAGAAAUGACCCCCUUUUGGGCCACCAGAAAGGGGGGGGGGGAUGCGUGCGCAUUCUGCGGAGGGAGCGAAUGUUUUUUGAGGGAACCCUUAAAAGCAUUCACGAAGGCUUGUAUUCUUUGAUAAUAAUAGCCAAGUUAAAUUUCGCUUUGCUAAUUCCGCUUAUUAAUCAAAUCCAGAUUAUUAGUAAAUAAUCACCAAAGUUAAUUCUUCUUAGAAUGUAAGAAAUCCAUUGCUAUAACUGCAGAUUAAAAUACGGUUUUUCAUCAUUUUUCUUUUCUUUAUUAAUUAUUAUGAAGUAUAUCCUAUAUUUUGAUGCUCUUUGCAUAGGAUCAAAUAAGUAUGAUAAUAAUGAUAUUAAUUGCAUAGUAGAGACUAGUGUUUGGCCAUAUUAUAGUAUUUGUAGGAAUAGAAGAGGAAAUAAAAUGUAAAUACAA